AUGGUAUUUCCUCUGCUUGGUCGUUUUCCAAUGCUUGUAGAUCUUCAGUCAUUUCCUCAGCAGUUCAUCCUUCGAUGCAGUAUCUCUGAAUUCUUCCCGGGUUUUGUUCAAGAUGGUUUUCACAUUCAUCAGCCCCACUCGCCUUCUUUUCUGUCGGUUGGACUUAGGGAAAUUUUCGUGCAUUGUGAGGAGUUUCCUGAUCUUUACAUUAGCAAUCCCAUAUCUCCUUUUGUCCAACUUAUUGUGCUAGGUGCAUAUAUUUAUGGCAUAGAUUUUGCUCUUCCUAUUGAUCUGGCUCUUUAA